GUCCCCAGCAGCAUCCAGGCUGGCAGCAAGCUGUCAGCGGAUUUUCACGGCUCCUGUCGGUGGUCCCAGCCCCUCUGUGUCUGUCUCUGCCACCUCUCCCCUCCCAGUGGCCUCCUGCUUCUCCCUGGAGAUCAGAGAGGGCUCCCAAAUUAAGGGGGCGCGACAGGAUAGGUGUCUGAAUGGGAUAUCCGUCCACCUCUUCCCUCCUCCCUCUCCUCCUCCUUCCAUCCCCUGGCGCCUAUAAUCACCAGGCGGUCUGAGGCUAAGUGGUAGCUUGGCCCACAGUGGGGGGGCUUGCCAGCCACACCCCUCCUCCUGGGGCCCUCCUGACCAGUCCCAGCACCCUGGUCUCCUCCACUGGUGAGAUGGGUCUCAAGGGGGCAUGGUGUUUCCCAUGGUGUGGGUGCCGGAGGCAGCGGAGGACUGGAAGAGGAGCAGGCCUGGAUCCGGCUGCCCCUCCAGACCCAAACCCCAGCCCGGCUGAAGCCCCCACUGUGGCAGAGGGAGGGAUACCCUCCCUAGGGUCUGGCGCCUACUUCAGCAGGAAGGCCCGACUCUCCUUCCGCCACCAGCUGCACGACCCGGCGUCGGCCAAUGACUCCACCAUUUGAUGGGGACGACCGGGGCUGAACUUUGCAACCUUCCCUCCCCAGACUUCUGGGUGAUCCCUGUUUGGCCCCACAGCCCCCAUGACCUUGUCAUUAAAUAUACUCAGAGCUGCCA